AUGGCGGCGUCGGGCCGGACGCUGGUGCUGGUGAACCUGGCGUCCAUCAUGGAGCGCGCGGACGAGGCGCUGCUGCCGGCGGUGUACAAGGAGGUGGGCGCCGCGCUGCACGCCACGCCCAUGGGCCUCGGCGCGCUCACGCUGUACCGCUCCUUCGUGCAGGCCGCGUGCUACCCGCUCGCCGCCUACGCCGCCGUGCGCUACAACCGCGCCCACGUCAUCGCCGUCGGGGCCUUCCUCUGGGCCGCCGCCACCUUCCUCGUCGCCGUCUCCGGCACAUUCGCCCAGGUCCAACGAUUUUCCUUGAAAACAUUCUUCUUUGAGCAGGUAGCAGUAGCUAGGGGAUUGAAUGGUGUUGGCCUAGCACUUGUCACUCCAGCCAUCCAAUCUCUAGUGGCAGACUUCACUGAUGAUAAUAACCGGGGCUCUGCGUUUGGAUGGCUUCAACUCACAGGCAACAUAGGUUCAGUGAUUGGAGGUUUGUUCUCGAUCAUGCUAGCAUCGACCACAAUCUUCGGUAUCGCUGGUUGGCGUAUCGCAUUUCACAUUGUUGCUCUCAUCAGUGUGGUGGUAGGGGCAUUGGUCUAUCUUUUUGCUGUGGAUCCUCAUUUUUGCAACGCUGAGGGUGGCGGCCAGCUCUUGCGCAAGUCGGCAUGGGCAGAGAUGAAGGAUUUAGUCACUGAAGCCAAAGCGGUCGUCAAAAUACCAUCGUUUCAGAUCAUUGUGGCUCAGGGCGUUACCGGGUCAUUCCCAUGGUCAGCGUUGACGUUUACCCCAAUGUGGUUGGAACUGUUGGGCUUUACGCACAACAAAACUGGACUUCUCACAGCAGUAUUUGCAAUUGCAAGCUCACUUGGAGGGCUCUUUGGUGGAAAGAUGGGGGAUUAUCUAUCUGUUCGCUUCCCAAAUGCUGGCCGGAUAGUGCUGUCUCAGAUAAGCUCGGCUUCGGCAAUCCCACUUGCAGCUCUGUUGCUGCUUGGACUACCUGAUGACUCCAGUACUGGUGUCUUGCAUGGGCUUGUUAUGUUUAUCAUGGGGCUAAGCAUCUCCUGGAAUGCCGCUGCUACUAACAACCCCAUAUUUGCGGAGAUCGUUCCUCAGAGAUCAAGGGCAAGUAUUUAUGCACUGGACCGUUCCUUCGAGUCUGUCCUAGCCUCGUUUGCUCCACCAGUCGUCGGCUUUUUAGCUCAGCAUGCUUACGGCUACACCCCUGUUUCACAUGGAGCUGGAGUGAGCAGUGUGGCAAGGGACCGGUCCAAUGCUUCUGCCCUAGGAAAAGCUCUUUACACGGCGAUCGCCAUCCCGAUGUUGCUCUGCUGCUUCAUCUACUCCCUGUUGUACGGGACAUACCCCCGCGACAAGGAGAGAGCGAGAAUGGACACUCUUAUCUCAUCGGAGCUGCAGCUGAUCAAUUUGGAAAGGUCUCAUGGAGUAGCAGAGUACAACGCUAGAAGGAAGCAUGCCACUGUGAUCGAUAUCGAGUAUGGUGAGGAAGAGCUUGAUGAUGAUGAGCAAGCGUUGAUGCAUCACCAAGUUGAACAGAGUGGUAGUCUCAGGUGACCAGGGCGUAAUAUGACAGUAAUUAUCACAAAGCUCUUGCCAAAGUAGCUCCUAGUAUGGGUGAGAGGACAGAUUGCAUAUCUUCAAGAAGAUCACUUUGUGCCACCAUAGAUCUCUUUUCUUUCAGUUUACUUUGUU